AUGGAGAAUCAGCCGCCCUUCGCCAGCAGAGGCACGCCCGCAGCAUUUCCGCCGGCGGGACCUGUUUCGUGGGCGCAGGCUGUAGCUGGGGGCGGCGGGGUGACUGGGGGAGGCGUGCAAGCUGCGACUGGGGGAGGCGGAUCUGCGCCCAGCAUCGUAUGGGGGGGAGGCGGAAGGUCGCAGCCCGCGAGCAAUUUAAAUCGACUCAAGAAGUCACCUCUUCGCGUCACCACCCAGUACCCGCCCCCGCCUUUUCAGUGCUCGCCCGCCUUUCCAGUGCUCGCCCGCCUUUCCAGUGCCCCCUGCGCAUCGUCCUCUCGCACGUGCGCCCCUCGGAACCACCUUUUCGUCCCCCGAGUUCGGCUUAUCCACCGCUUUGCCCGGCCGUUCCCUGCUGCCUCCUCUUUCGCUCCUCCCCCUCGUGCUCCCCAUUCCCCAACUCCCGUGCCUUCGCCCACAACCCCCCUCCUGCCCACAACCCCCCUCCUGCCCACAACCCCCCUCCUGCCCACAACCCCCCUCCUGCCCACAACCCCCCUCCUGCCCACAACCCCCCUCCUGCCCACAACCCCCCUCCUGCCCACAACCCCCCUCCUGCCCACAACCCCCCUCCUGCCCACAACCCCCCUCCUGCCCACAACCCCCCUCCUGCCCACAACCCCCCUCCUGCCCAAACCCUUCCACCUCUACUCCAAACACUUCCUCUCCCCCUUCCUCUCCCCCUUCCGCUCCCCCUUCCUCUCCCCCUCCCCUCCCGCCCCCUCCACCUACCCCCACAGUUCACCAGCUGAUUUUCCCGCGCUGACUUCAGCAAACCGGUCCCCAUCGCCGCCACUCCCCAGAUCCGCGCAGCAGUCCCCCUCCCCCCCGCGUGCGCGCCCUCCCGGUGGCGCCUCCGCCAGCCUGCUGGGCGACGCUGCUGCGCUGGCGCGGCGCAGAGCGAGGUUUGGGGAGGUGGCGCCGGGAGAUGGCGCGGAGGAGGGCGCUGGGGGCGCGGGGAAGGAUGGGGGGAAGGGCGGGGAAGGGGGAGAAGAUUUGGGAGGGGGACGAGGGGGAGGACGGGGAGGAGGGGGAGGAAUGGGGAUGGUUGCGGGCGGGGGAGGGGCCACAGAGGAGGGGGAGGGGGGAGGCGACGAGGCGGACUGGCAGCUGGCAGAGGCCGUUGUGGGAACAUGCCCUGACAUGUGCCCUGCGCACGAGAGGGAGGUAAGGGAGCGCAGCGGCGCGCUGGACGUGUUUGAGCGCGUCAACGGGGACCGCAGCAGAACCAGUGUGCAGCUGGCCAUCAAGAAGUAUUCCCGCGCGCCCAACAUGGACCCCUCGUUCAUCCGCCCCAUGCCCGUUCUCCACACCACCAUGGCGCACAUGCUCUCCCUGCUGCACCUCCCCUUCCCCCCCCCGCCCUCCGCGACCAAGGGGGGCGCGGAGGAGGGGGAGAUGGAGGGGGAAGGCGGGGGGGAGGAAGCAGGGGGCGCGGGGGGGCCGGGGAUGCGGCUGCUGCUGCUGCACUCGUUCCUGUGGGAUCGCAUGAGGGCUGUUCGCGCUGACCUGCGCAUGCAGCACCUGUUUGGGCGCGAGGCGAUUAACAUGCACGAGCAGAUGGUGCGGUUCCACAUAGUGGCGAUGCACGAGCUGUGCGAGUACCCCAAGGGAGAGGGAUUCAGCGACGGCUUUGACGCGCACCUGAACAUCGAGCAGAUGAACAAGGCGUGCGUCGACCUCUUCCACAUGUACCACGACCGCCGCAGCGACCUCGAGCACGCACAAGCGAUGGCGAGCGAGGGCGGGGAGGAGGGGGAGGUGGGGGAGUUGCAGGCGUGUUUGGCGCAGGAGGGGGAGCUGAGGGGGUACUACCUGCUGCUCAAGAUCGACCGCCAUCCGGGGUUCAAUUGUCUGUGGCAGCACAAGGCAGAGCUGAGGGGGUACUACCUGCUGCUUAAGAUCGACCGGCUUCCGGGGUUCAAUGUUGAGCCGGCGGAGUUUGCGAGGGAGCUCUCUCUCCUCCCCCACAUCGUCAGGAGCAGCCCUCAAGUCGUCUUUGCUCGCUCCGUUGCAAGUUCUAUUGCUCAUGCCAACGGGCAUGUCUCCAUCUACCAGCCUUCUCCGCUUGGCGCCUACCUCGAUGCUCAUUUUGUUUCUUUGUCUCUUGUCUCUGCUUCGCGCGCUCUCGCUUUUCACCUUCACCUUCUCUCCCCUUCCUCCCCUUCCUCCCCUUCCUCCCCUUCCUCCCCUUCCUCCCCUUCCUCCCCUUCCUCCCCUUCCUCCCCUUCCUCCCCUUCCUCCCCUUCCUCCCCUUCCUCCUCUUCAUCCCCUGACUCCCCCCCCUCCCCUUCCUCCUCUUCCUCCCCUUCCCCCCCCUCCUCCCCCACCUCCCCUUCCUCCACGUCCUCCCCGUCCUCCUCUCCCCUCCAUCCAUCCACCCCUCUCAGGGCGUGUCGAACGCACAACUUUGUGGCCUUCUUCCGCUUGGCUCGCCAGGCCACGUACCUGCAGGCGUGCCUCAUGCACGCGCACUUCAGCAAGAUGCGUGCCAGAGCGCUGGCAGCGGUGUAUGCAUCCAUUGCCAAGGGCCAGCACCUGCCAGCCCUCACACUCGCGCACUGGCUCGGCAUGGAGGUACGGACGGCAGGCCCGGCAUGGAGGUACGAGCUGCUGGCUUGGCAUGAAGCAAAGGCCAGAAAAGCUGCAGGCGCUGGUGGAGCACAUGGCUUGGGAGGGAAGCUGCAAACAAUCACUCACUUCCCCUCCUUUCCCCUCUCUCCCUCAUUCUCCUCCAACUCUCGCCUUUUUCCUCCCCACCAAUCCUCCCCGCACCAGCAAGAGCCAGAGAAGCUGCAGGCGCUGGUGGAGCACCACGGCUUGGCGCUGCACCCUUCAGACGCCCCUCCAGAUGCCACCUUCCCAGAUACAGCCUCCCCCGCAGCCGCCCUGCUGGCCGGGAGCUGCCUGGUGAAGGGUGCACCCUUGGUGCAGGCUGGGACGCCCAUGCCUCCCUCCUCGUCUGCCCUUGUGCGCAGCAAGCAGAGCCGGUUUAUUGAUGAUGUCAUUGCUGAGGUCAGCAGUGGGGCGGGAGGAGGGGAGGAGACGGGUGGCGGGCAGGUGGAGAGGCAGCAGCGGGCAGAGGAGCAGCGGAGAAGACAGGAAGCGUGGCUGCAGAAGCAGCAGCAGCAACGACUGCAGCAGCAGCAGUUGCAGCAGCAGAAACUGAUGAUGGAGCAGAGGCAAAGGGAAGAGCAGAUUAAGGCAAUGGAAGAGAAGCAGAGGGUGUUAGAGAGGGAGAUGGAGCGAGAGAGGGAGCGAGUGAGGGAGCUUGAGAGGAGGGCUGCACUCCAGGUACAGGUGAAGAGGCAGGAGGAGGAGAGGAAGGCGAGGGAAGAGGAGGAGAGGCAGCAGAGGGAGGCAGAAGCAGCGGAGAGGGAAAGGAGGGAAAAGGAGAGGGAGGAGCAGGUGAGGCAAGAGAGAAGAAGGAAAGAGAUGGAAAUGAGGGAGAGGAUUCUGAAGGAGAGAGCGAGGGUGGAGAGGGAGAAGAGGGAAGCGGAGCAGAGGGAGAGGGAGAGGCAGGAGAGCACGAAGAGAGAGCAAGAGAGAAAGGAGCAGGAGAGGAGGCAGCAGGAGGAGGAGGAGGAGAGGCAGAGGAGGGCUAGGGAGGAGGAGGAGAGGGAGCGGGCAGCGUUGGAAGAGGCGGGGCGGAAGGCGAGGGGUGUGUGGCUGCGGCGCGUUGUGAGGAGGUGGAGGCAGAAUGCUGCUCAGAUGGGGCAGCUGAGACGGCUGCGCCAGCUGGCAGUCAGUGAUUGGCAGCUGGAGGGCUCGAUUGUUUCGCAGCCGACUGUGGUGGCAUCCAAGCAAGCCCCGCACAAGCGGUUGCGGGGAGCAGCAACAUGGGGAGCAGCAACAUGGGGAGCAGCAACAUGGGGAGCAGCAACAUGGGGAGCAGCAACAUGGGGAGCAGCAACAUGGGGAGCAGCAACAUGGGGAGCAGCAACAUGGGGAGCAGCAACAUGGGGAGCCCCGGCAUUGGGCAGGGCAAGCGCCGAGCGUGGGGUUGGUACAGCAGGUAGCCGGCGUGGCGUAGCAGCACCCAGUGCCGAUGGCCCCAGGUUCCUGCAUCCAUCUUCUUUAUGGGGGAAAGCCGGCUUCGCUGCUCCCACUGCCUUUGCUGCGCCCUCUCCCCUGGACGUGGCACGGCUGGUGGGCGGUAGGCUUGCGCGCAGACACGUGCCAUCCAGCAGCGCUGGGCCGCUGCUGGGUGUGCGCCGAGUGGUUUCGUGGAAGCUUCUUGUGUGCUGGCCAGAGCGCGAGUCGCAGGACACGCCAUCACCAGUCCGUGACGCCACACACUGGCUCUGCAGCACCCUCUCUGCCCCCUCCCACGCCCUCAACGCCCUCCAACACCACACAGAACCACACACCACGCCUCACAGCAGUGCAGCAACCGCCCCGGUCCCCAACCCAGAGAAUGCCCCCACAUCUGCCUCGCAGCCCACUGACCCCUCAUUGCUCGCCUGUUACGUGGCUCCCAUGCCACACCGUACUGCAGCAGGGGAGGCAGCACCCAAGCUGCCAGGUGGUGCAUCAGGUGCUGCUUCAGGUGAAAUCACGCGAGCAGGAGGAGCAGGGUCAGGAGGAGCAGGGUCAGGAGGAGCAGGGUCAGGAGGAGCAGGGUCAGGAGGAGCAGGGUCAGGGUCAGUAUCCGACUCGCUUUUCUGGCUCGUGGUGAGGAGGGUCUCGGCAGAAGCGCAGGGAGGGGAUGGUGGAAGGUUCCUGGAAGGAGCCCAGGCGAUGGUGUGUGUUGUGGAUGGCAGCAGCAAUGCAGGGCCCCAGGUGCAGCGCAUCAGACAGGCCGUGGCGUCGCUCCCGACCUCCCUCACUCCCAUCCCCCUGCUGCUCCUCGUCCUGCCUCCCCACCCGCCACCACCAUCAUCAUCAGCAGCAGCAGCAGCAGCAGCAGCAGCAGCAGCAGCAGCAGCAGCAGCAGCAGCAGCAGCAGCAGCAGCAUCCAUGUCUCUCUGCACAGGCCCCUGUGCCCCUGUGCCCGUUCCCUCCUCCUUCGCCUCCCUCACCCUCUCCCACUUCCAACCCCCCUCCACCCGUCCACCACCCUCUCGUUCCUCCCCUCCAGCCCCGCGCCUCUCUGCUCUCCGCAUCCUCCCUCUUGGCCAAUCUACUCCCCCUCAACCUGAUGACCUGGCUUCUCCUGAUUGGCCUGCCAAGAUUGCCCUGACAAGUGGCCUGCGGUGGUUGGCCGAUUCCUCCCCUCUGCCACCUCAGCUUGCUCCAAUCCCCCUCCGCGAUCUCGUGCUGCGCCACCUGUCGCCACGUGUCACGCGGCUAUUGGCCGUGGACCCCUCACUGGUGCGGCCACAGGAGUGCAUCACUGAGUUCAACGCCAGCCUGGACAGCGCGGCCAAUGACGUUGCGACAGCUGUCAGGGCCUCACCCCCUGGCAGUGGAACCCCUCUGCCUGAACUGCCUGCUUUGCUGCAGCUGAUGGGUGGACGUAAGGGUGGGAGACAAAGGGAGGUCAGCGGAGAAAGCGGGGGCAGUGAAAUGGGAGAGAGCAGAAGCAAGGCGGGCAGUGCAGCUUCAGAGGCAGCUGGUAGACUAGAGGUCUCUCUGCUAUCCGCCUCUCUGCCUCCUAUUGACUGGAACAGCCCUUCUCGCACCUCCCGCCUUACCACUGCCCUCUCCUCUCUCCGCCUACCCCACUUCCCCGCCCUCCACCUCUCCUCCCCUCAGCAACCCUCCCUCACCUCCCCCUCCUCAUCCCCUUCACCCACCCUCUCUCUGCCGCCCCACCUGUCCUCUCUAGCCCCCCAGCUGCACCCCCAGCUGGCCCCGCUCUCGACCGCACUCAACUCCUUCCUUCGCCUGGUGCAGGGCGAUCAGACCUCCCCAGUGCUUCUGGCGCAACAACUGCUGGCAGAGGGGUGUGGAGUGGUGUGGAGGAGUGGGGCGGAGCAAGGUCAGCCCGGGGAGCAAGGAGGGGAGCAAGGGGGUGCGGGGAGUGCGAGGAGUGCAGGGAGGUUGUGUGCGGUGCCAGUGUGGCCGCGCAUUCUUCUCCCUGUGUUGAUGCGUCGCCUGGAUGCUCUCUUCUCAGACCCUCCCCUCACCGCCUUUGUCCUCGCACCCUCUGCUCCUCCUGCUGCUCACGCUGCUCCUCAUGCUGCUGCUCUCGCCUCCCUUGCUCCCUUGAGCCAAUCCACUGCUGUGGUGCCAGCAGCUAUGGCAGUGGAAGGGGGUGUAGAGGUUGGAGCCAGUGCGGUGGAAAGUGGUGCAGUGGGGUUGGGCAGCAUGCUGCCUGUGAGUGCGCUGACGAGGCAGGAAGGUCUCGUUGGGACGGGUAUGGCAAGGGAGCUCAUCAGAACCAGUGGCAGUGCGUGGGUGGGUGGUGCUGCUGCAGCGAGCGCAGCAAGCGAGGGUGUGAUGGACGACAAUUCAGAGGAAGACGGGGGGAAUGAGGUGGUGUCAUCAGCAGAGCUCCCCCCUUUGCUUGCAGCCCCAGCACCUCCUUCCUUGCCAUACUGGAUUGAGCCAUAUCAAUCUUACGUUAGCAGCAAAGCAUGGCAUGCAAGCAGUGUGCCUAUACCCGGUCUCCCCACGUCCAUCAGCCUUCUCCGCUCCUCCGCCCCUUCCUACGCUGCCGCGGCUGCUUUGGCCCCUCGCACCUCUCUCCUACCAUCCCGACCCACCCCCUCCCCUUCACCCUCCCCCCCCCCUCCUCUGUUGCAGCUUCCUCAUCCAUCCACCCAGGCUGCGCACAUCAACCAACCGCCCCCACACUCCCAACUGCUUCCAGCCUCACACCACGUGCCCCUUUCUCUCUCCCGCACCAAUCACGAGCUCUCUCGCCCCAUCCUGCCUGUGCCAUCCCACAGCCAAUCACAACACAGCCUUGCCCGUCAUCCACCACUUCCUCCUUACAAGCCCGGCUCGGGUUCUGUUUAUAAGCCUGCCACUCAGCACGGGUGGGAGCGUGGAAUCCAAGUGAAGCGAAAGGCACCGGCAAAUGCAUGGAGUGAUGGGUAUGGCGGUGGUGGGCGUGUGGGCCGUGGGAGUGGGAGAGAGGGUGAUGAAAGAGGAGAGGGUGAGGAGAGGGGAGGCGUGGAAAGAAAAGGAAUUGAGAGAGGAUGGGUGGAGAGCGAAGGGAAAGGGAGAGCGGAGCAUUGGUUCGGCCCAGGAGGCAGGAGGCAGCAGCUGAGGCUGGCAGAGGCUGAUGGUCUGGUAGCCAAUGAGAUGCUGCCACGUGGCAUUGUGCGAGCUGCUGACGUGGUUGCUGCAAGUGGUGCUGGUGAGGUUUUUCCACCGGCUGAAGAAGCGGCCAGAUUGGGCAGCCGAGUUGGUGAUGCGGGUGAUAGGUAUGCAAGCGGCAUUGCUGUGGGUCUCGGUGAUGGUGGUGGUGAUAAGGCAGAAGGGUUGCUGAGCGCAGGCGCAAACGAGCGAAGAGUGAGAGAGAUGGUGGAGGAACUGAUGAAAAGGAGACAGGUGACAGCAUGA